CUGUGUAUGAAACUGAUAACGUCAUCAUCCCAGUGUCUUUCUUCAGUUUAUUAGGCAAUACAUCUGACACCACGAAGGAGAAACUGCAAGCAAUCUUCCAUUAUUUUGACACUGUCACUAAAGAAACCUCUAGGCCACGUGGUUUGGUUACCUUCGAGAGAUGUAGCAUUCCAGAUUCUACACUUCCACUGUGGAGACAUCGGCAUGAAGUCCUGGGAAAUGUCCGCGUCACAUCCGAGGGCACCAUUGAAAAGGAGGGCAAAGGCAUGCUGCAGGUGGACUUUGCCUGCAGCAUGGUGGGGGGAGGGGUGCUUGGCAAUGGCCUGGUGCAGGAGGAGAUCCUGUUCCUCAUGAACCCCGAGCUGAUCGUCGCUCGCCUCUUCACAGAAAAACUCACUGAUAACGAGUGCCUCAAGAUCACAGGGGCCCAGCAGUACAGUGAGUAUGUAGGCUACAGCAGAGACUUCAAGUGGAAGGGUCCACACAGCGAGAAACUGCCAAGAGAUGGUUGGGAGAGGCUUCACCGUAAGAUAGUGGCCAUUGAUGCGCUGAACUUCAAAAAUCCAAAGGAGCAGUACCAAAAGCACAAAAUCAGACGAGAGCUGAACAAGGCUUUCAUUGGGUUCAAAGAGGAAGGGAAACCCGAUAAACUUCCAGCUAUUGCCACUGGAAACUGGGGAUGUGGAGCAUUCCAUGGAGAUUCCAUCCUCAAAGCUCUGAUUCAGAUGAUGGCUGCAGCAGUAGCACAGCGGGACCUGGUCUUCUUCACGUUUGGAGAUAGACAUUUGGAGGAUGCGGUGUGGGAUAUUUACACUCAUCUCAGAGAUGGCAAGAAAACAGUAGGACAGAUAUACGACUUCUUGGCAGCCUACUGCCAUCAAGUUGCAUACGGGGAGAAGACGGAUCUCAGGAGGUCUCUGAAAUGCGCUCUCUGAGACGGCUGGCUGCCUGCAUUCCUGGUGCCUUAAUAUUUGAAAAUCACAUAAUGCACUACUACGGUUGAUAGAAGGUUCUAAUUUAUUC